ACCACACACACCACACCACACACACACACACACACACACACAGCCAUGCUGAGCUGAGCUCCGGCCGGGCCCUGGCCGCGCGCAGCCCGCCCCGGCUCCCGCCCCUCCGCGGACCCGCUCGGCCCGCUCGGCCCCCUCAGCCGCUCCGCCCGCCGGGCCGCCCAGCCGCCCGAGCCCGUCGCGCAGGGCCCGGGCCGCGGUGGCGGCGGCGGCGGCGGUAGCGGUAGCGGCGGUGGCGCGCCCGCCCGGCCCCCUCCCCCGGCGCCGGCCAAGUGAGGCGGUGAUGCGGGCGCUGGCGGCCUCGGCUGCGCCGAGAGCGGAGACACAGGCUCAAGAUGGCAGAUUCCGACUGAGGCUGGGGGGGCCGAGCUCGCGCGCCGCUUUCCCGGCUCCGUUGCCAUGAAUCGCGGACACCCCGGCCCCGAUGGCCCCCGUGUACGAAGGUAUGGCCUCACAUGUGCAAGUUUUCUCCCCUCACACCCUCCAAUCAAGUGCCUUCUGUAGUGUGAAGAAACUGAAAGUAGAGCCGAGUUCCAACUGGGACAUGACUGGGUACGGCUCCCACAGCAAAGUGUACAGCCAGAGCAAGAACAUAGCACCUUCUCAGCCAGCCACCACAACCGUCAGCACCUCCUUGCCAAUCCCAAACCCAAGCCUACCUUACGAACAGACCAUCAUCUUCCCAGGAAGCACCGGGCACAUAGUGGUAACAUCAGCAAGUAGCACGUCUGUCACUGGGCAGGUCCUCGGUGGACCACAUAACCUAAUGCGUCGCAGCACUGUGAGCCUUCUUGACACCUACCAAAAAUGUGGACUCAAGCGUAAGAGCGAGGAAAUCGAGAACACGAGCAGCGUACAGAUCAUCGAAGAGCAUCCACCCAUGAUUCAGAAUAAUGCCAGUGGGGCCACUGUAGCCACUGCCACCACGUCCACUGCCACCUCAAAAAACAGCGGCUCCAACAGCGAAGGAGAUUACCAGCUGGUCCAGCAUGAAGUGCUGUGCUCCAUGACCAACACUUAUGAAGUUUUAGAGUUCUUGGGCCGAGGGACAUUCGGGCAAGUGGUCAAGUGCUGGAAACGGGGCACCAAUGAGAUUGUGGCCAUCAAGAUCCUGAAGAACCACCCAUCCUAUGCCCGACAGGGUCAGAUUGAAGUGAGCAUCCUGGCCCGGCUGAGCACAGAGAGUGCCGAUGACUAUAACUUCGUGCGGGCCUAUGAGUGCUUCCAGCACAAGAACCACACCUGCUUGGUCUUUGAGAUGUUGGAACAGAACCUCUAUGACUUUCUCAAGCAGAACAAGUUUAGCCCCUUGCCCCUAAAAUACAUCCGCCCAGUCCUCCAGCAGGUAGCCACAGCCCUGAUGAAACUCAAAAGCCUUGGUCUCAUCCACGCUGACCUCAAGCCAGAAAACAUCAUGCUGGUGGAUCCAUCCAGACAGCCAUACAGAGUGAAGGUCAUCGACUUUGGUUCAGCCAGUCAUGUGUCCAAGGCUGUGUGCUCCACAUACUUGCAGUCCCGAUAUUACAGGGCACCUGAGAUCAUCCUCGGUUUACCAUUCUGUGAGGCGAUUGAUAUGUGGUCUCUGGGCUGUGUCAUCGCGGAGCUCUUCCUGGGUUGGCCUUUAUAUCCGGGAGCUUCGGAGUAUGAUCAGAUUCGGUAUAUUUCACAAACACAGGGUUUGCCAGCUGAAUAUUUAUUAAGCGCAGGCACAAAGACAACUAGGUUUUUCAACCGUGACACAGACUCACCGUAUCCUUUGUGGAGGCUCAAGACACCGGAUGACCAUGAAGCAGAGACGGGCAUUAAGUCAAAAGAAGCAAGAAAGUACAUUUUCAACUGUUUAGAUGAUAUGGCCCAGGUGAAUAUGACGACGGAUUUGGAAGGGAGCGACAUGUUAGUGGAAAAGGCAGACCGGCGGGAGUUCAUUGACCUGUUGAAGAAGAUGCUGACCAUAGAUGCGGAUAAGAGAAUCACGCCGAUCGAAACCCUAAACCACCCCUUUGUCACCAUGACACACUUACUUGAUUUUCCCCAUAGCACACACGUCAAAUCAUGUUUCCAGAACAUGGAGAUUUGCAAACGUCGGGUGAAUAUGUAUGACACAGUGAAUCAGAGCAAAACCCCCUUCAUCACGCACGUGGCCCCCAGCACAUCCACCAACUUGACCAUGACCUUUAACAACCAACUGACCACUGUCCACAACCAGGCUCCCACCUCCACCAGUGCCACUAUUUCCUUAGCCAAUCCCGAAGUCUCCAUACUAAACUACCAAUCUACACUCUACCAGCCCUCAGCGGCAUCCAUGGCCGCAGUGGCCCAGCGGAGCAUGCCCCUGCAGACAGGAACAGCCCAGAUUUGUGCCCGGCCCGACCCCUUCCAGCAAGCUCUCAUCGUGUGCCCUCCCGGCUUCCAAGGCCUGCAGGCCUCCCCCUCCAAGCAUGCUGGCUAUUCAGUGCGAAUGGAAAAUGCAGUGCCCAUCGUCACUCAGGCCCCAGGAGCUCAGCCUCUUCAGAUCCAACCAGGUCUGCUUGCCCAGCAGGCCUGGCCAAGUGGGACCCAGCAGAUCCUGCUCCCCCCAGCCUGGCAGCAGCUAACAGGAGUAGCCACCCACACCUCAGUGCAGCAUGCAACCGUGAUUCCCGAGAGCAUGGCAGGCACCCAGCAGCUGGCCGACUGGAGGAACACGCACGCUCAUGGCAGCCAUUACAAUCCCAUCAUGCAGCAGCCUGCACUGUUGACAGGUCACGUGACCCUUCCAGCAGCCCAGCCCUUAAACGUGGGUGUGGCCCACGUGAUGCGGCAGCAGCCAACCAGCACCACCUCCUCCCGGAAGAGUAAGCAGCACCAGUCAUCUGUGAGAAAUGUCUCCACCUGUGAAGUGUCCUCUUCCCAGGCCAUCAGCUCCCCCCAGCGAUCCAAGCGCGUCAAGGAGAACACCCCUCCCCGUUGUGCCAUGGUGCACAGCAGCCCGGCCUGCAGCACCUCGGUCACCUGCGGGUGGGGCGACAUGGCUUCCAGUACCACUAGGGAGCGGCAGCGGCAGACAAUUGUCAUUCCUGACACCCCCAGUCCCACAGUCAGCGUCAUCACCAUCAGCAGUGACACAGACGAAGAGGAGGAACAGAAACACGCCCCCACCAGCACUGUGUCCAAGCAGAGGAAAAAUGUCAUCAGCUGCGUCACGGUCCAUGACUCUCCGUACUCGGAUUCCUCCAGCAACACCAGCCCCUACUCUGUUCAGCAACGCGCCGGGCACAGCAACACCAAUGCCUUCGAAAGCAAGGGGAGCGUGGAGAACCACUGCACUGGCAACCCCCGCACCAUCAUCGUGCCACCCCUGAAAACCCAGGCCAGCGACGUGCUGGUGGAGUGCGAUAGCCUGGCACCAGCUACAGUGAACACCACUCACCACGUGUCCUCUUACAAGUCCAAGUCCUCCAACAAUGUGACCUCCACCAGCGGUCACUCUUCAGGGAGCUCAUCUGGAGCCAUCGCCUACCGGCAACAGCGGCCGGGCCCCCACUUCCAGCAGCAACAGCCUCUGAAUCUAAGCCAGGCCCAGCAGCACGUCACCACGGACCGUUCCGGAAGCCACCGACGGCAGCAGGCCUACAUCGCUCCCACCAUGGCUCAGGCGCCCUACUCCUUCCCGCACAACAGCCCUAGCCAUGGCACCGUCCAUCCCCACCUGGCCGCCGCCACUGCCCACCUCCCCACCCAGCCCCACCUCUACACCUACACGGCGCCCGCCGCCCUGGGUUCCACUGGCACCGUGGCCCACCUGGUGGCCUCCCAAGGCUCAGCGCGCCAUCCCGUGCAGCACACUGCCUACCCGGCCAGCAUCGUCCACCAGGUGCCCGUGAGCAUGGGCCCCCGGGUCCUGCCCUCUCCCACCAUCCACCCCAGCCAGUAUCCGGCCCAGUUUGCCCACCAGACCUACAUCAGCGCCUCUCCAGCCUCCACCGUCUACACUGGAUACCCACUGAGCCCUGCCAAGGUCAACCAGUACCCUUACAUAUAAACACUGGAAGGAGGGGGGAGGUGGGAGGGAGGGGAGGGCCCUGUAGAGGGAGCAGAGGAGGGGCAGGUGCUCCGGGACCUAGGAAGGAGCUGGCUUUUUAUACUGAAGACACCGCACACAAACAAUGCAAAUGGGGGAGGGGGUGGGGACAGGGAUGGGAUGCAACUGAAACUUGAACUGGGAAGUGGGAAGACUUAGAGCAAAGAAGAGAACAUUUUAAAAAGGAAGGGAUUCAGGAGGGGGAAAUCUAUGCUUUUUAUUUAAAAAAAAAAAGAAAGAAGAGAAAAAGGAAAAAAAAAGUCAACAACAAAAACCACAGCUCACACACCCAUUCUGCACCAAACUGGAAAGGAGAAGAAGAGA